GGGGAAUGAGAAUGUGAAAAAAAAAAAAAAACGAGAAACGGAUGUCCUUGAGACGCGCGCACGCUCACACGCGCCGCUCGAUAAUAUUAUUAUUUACUAUUUUUACGUUUUAUUAUUAUCGCAUUCGGACGUAUUUCGCCGUUCGCCCGGCCGCGCAGGCGAAGCAGCUGCGGCAGCGGCCUCUCGUCGUCGUCGUAAUAAUAUACCGGUUUUUACCGACCCGUCCGCUUUCUAUAAUAAUAAUAAUAAUAAUAAUAACAGUACGGAAUAGUUGUUGCGUGGUGGGUAGAACGUCGCAUGCGCGCCGCGGACGCGUUCGGGGGCCGGAUGGUCGCGUAGAACGGGCCCGCUCGUCGUCGGUCGCACAGACGUUCCGUCCGCUCCGCCGAGCGCGCACCACGCUGUAAGGACGACAGACGGUGAUUCCGCGACGCGUAACGAUUUCUCCCGUACGACGACGUAAAUCCGCUGCCGCCGCCGCCGCCGCCGCCGCCGCCGCCGCCGAGUGUCUCUUACGUGUACAGGCGUACACGAGCAAGUAAGUUUGGCGUUCAGUUUAUUAGGUUUCUUUUCGUUUUUUUUCCCUCGCACGACAUUACGAAAUGCGCACCUAUGUCGCGGUCGCGUUGGUUUGUAAAAAGGCGUUCGUUUACCGUCUACAAAUAAAGAAAAAAAAAAAUCGUAAAAGGUUUUCGAUUUUCGUUUCCGUCCGAAUAUAGUUUAUAGAGUUACCGUUGGGCAGGGGGCAGGGGGUACCGCGAGAAGGCCAAUCCCGUUGAGCCGCACUCCCCGAAGAUCGGUUUUGUGCGGAAAUAUUUCUAUUUUCACUUCUCGUCGUUUCGCAGUUUUGAAGUAUUAAUAAUAUUAAAUUCAGUGGCAUAGGAAGACCCGCUAACGCCUUUGGCAAACUUAGAAAAAAACGCUCUUUUACCGAUUAAAAAUUUGAUAUGAUGAUACAUUUUUGACCUUUAAUUUUAUUAAUUUGUUUUAAUAAUACAAUGGUAUAGUAACUAGUAAUAUUGCGGUAGAAAUUUCGGAUAUUAUUACGUCACGAUUAAUAUUAUUAGUAUCAGUUUAUGAAGGAUCUACUAGAUUUUCUUUUGGACUACGUUUCAAAAGCCAUUUUGUCUGGGGAUAAGAUUUGAUUAAUAGAUUCUUUCAUUAUUGAAAAUUAUUGAUUGUUCUUUGUUUCUCAAACCAUGCACCCGAAGGUUUUUUUCAAGACAUUAUUUUAAAUUGUAAAAAAUAAUAAGUACCCAAAACAACGUGAGAUAUAAUCAGAUAUGAAUAUUUAGAUUUAGAUAAUAUAAUAUAUACAGGUAAUCAGGAAAUGGAAAUUUGUUCAGUUAGUUGUAAAAUUAAAAUGUUGAGAAAAUAAUAUCAAAUGUUUAUGUAGGUAGUUUUAUAUAGUUUAAUAUUGUAUUAAAAACCAAUUCAACUUUUGUGAUAGCGUGAUAGCAUUGACGGCCAAAACUUGGCGAUACGAUUAUCCGCACAGUCUAUAAUACGAUUGUCACCACUUUUCAAAAAUAAAAUUGUCGUUGACACAAUUAUUCAUAUUGCAUAGUCCGGCGAUCCGAAUAUGUUACGAAAAAGCAGUGGCGUGUCGAAGUAUGUUUUUCAAGGCAAUUGUCUCAUGACUAAAAUGGAUGGGCGGGUUCAAAAAUCCAUGUUUUGAUUGGUUGGUUUCAAUUUUUUUUGUUUCGCCUCAAAACAUGUAUGGAAAAUGUUCUGCACGCCACUGCGAUAAAGAUGAGUUCGAUGUUCAUAUCUGCGUAGUGCACACACACACACAUCGUCAAAAAUCAAUUUAAAUUUUUUCAUUUAAAUUUGACUAAAAAUAUGGUAUUUAUGUAUAAAUACAUGCUGAUAACAACAAUUAAUGGAACAAUUUGGAAUUCCCUUGUGUUAUUUUCAUAAUUUCAUCAUUAAAUUCACACGUAGUAGUGUGUACAAUUAGACAAAAUAUACACAUUUCAAAAAGUAGGUACAUAUAAUGGAACAAUUUCGUUUUGAAGGUAGAAUAAAAAUAAGACUUGCACAAUUUUGCGCCCCUGGCGUAGGCACGGUCUACCAUACCCUUGCUACGUCACUGAAUUUAAAUUUAUUGUUCUAAAUUUAAAUUUAAAAAAAAAAAAUCGAAAAUCGCGAGUUUUUCGACGGAAACGGCACACUGUUGUACAAUCGUAACAUUAUUAUAAUGUGUCGCCGCAAAUGUCGAAAAUCCGAUGAAUUUUACAUCCCGGAUGAAACCGAUUUGCGCCGUUAGUUUUUCGAUUAUCGCGGCGAACCGGCUUGGAACUCGAAGGUACGACGAUCGUCACGUCCGUGUUUGUGCGUUGGUUUUGUCGUUGGUUUCGAUAUUUUUUCAAUCGUUACGUUUGAGACACACACGUGGCACGCGAAACGUUAAAAAAAAAAACCGUCUUGAAAAUUUGAAAAUUAAAGCGCACCGUUUAAACACCCCCCCCCCCCCCCUCCUCCCCGCGUACAAGCGCAGUCGCGACGUCCGUCGUAUUUGAUAACGGGCCAAAUAUUCGCCCGGCGACAACGAAAACUAACGGCGCGAAUACCGAACGGAAAUCUGUCCGAUUUUCAAACGUUAGCCCGUAACGAUUAUCGAGCGGUUUUUUCCGUUUUUUUUUUUUUUUUCUUCUUCUAGCGCGUCAUACCGUUCUAUUAUGAUUUUGUAAUAUUAUAUCGCGUGUGCACGGUGCAUCGUGUUCCGUUGCGCGCAUUCGCGUGACCGAAUAUUGAUCGGGUUUUUUUUUUCUCUGUUUCACUUUGCAGUGUUUCCGGCAGCGACGCAGGAAAAAGCGAACGACCCGCGCAGCCCCGAGCAGCGGGUCACGGCGUUACUCAGGGACGGACAGAACGUUUCGGUGGACAAAAAAAGGCCCAGAGAUUUGCCCGAAUGGUUCGACGAGAAACUGUUCGCCAGGUACGAUCGAUACGCCGACCCGCGCUGCGGCCACGCGUUACGAAAUAGGCUGAGGGUGGGAGGGGCUGUGGGACGUUUAGCACCGCCAAGUUUAAAACUAGCACCCUCUCCCUCUUUCCCCUAGAAAAACACCCCGAUAAGCUUUUCCAUUCUAAUGACUCGAUAUCUUUACGAUGUAUAUUUCGUUAAUUGAUGAGCGGUACGAAAUACAGACGAUCCGCGUGUACAUGAAAAAUAACGCUAAAACAGUGACGUCUACAUAAAUAUACCAGGUGAUCCAUUUAAGUGACUACGUAUAUUGAUUAUCUCGGGAAGUAUUCAUUUUUUCCGGCAUCUGUUUUCUAGAAGGUUUAAGAAACAAGCUGCUCUACAGUUUACAUGUAUUCACGUUAUUUUUUUGUCACCCUUAUUUUCGGGGGUAAAACCACUACAUACUUUUGAUUUUCAAACGGCAAUCUAUAUUAAAAAUUCCGUAUAUAGAUGGAAUAUUAGUUAAAAUUAAUGUUAGUGUUGACAUUUUUGAUUUUCGUCAAUCCGUUGACGAAAUAUUUCACUUUCAAGUUUGAGUUGGAGGAGAGUUGUAUUGGUAUAUUAUUAACACGUCUCGCGCCGUACUGCCAUACAAACGAUACUCCGCUACUUUCCUUCAACCCAAACCUCAAUGUCCAUCAAUGAUUAGAUUAAGACGUUCCUUAAAUGGCUUACUAAAUUUUUCACUAACAACGAUUGAUAUUAACAAUAAAUAGGUACCCGGGAAAAUAUAUUAACACUUUCAUCAUUGAUAUGUCCAUUAUUUUAGCGCCUAUGAAAAUUAUAUUAUAUUUCGGCUUGUGCGGCCCAAACCACGUCUCUUCGCGACAACUUCUAAAACGCCUGUAGGUUCGACCGGCCCUUUUAAUUUCCGUUCUCGUCGGUAAACAUUCGCGUUCGACGUGUAAACGAUUUUUGUUUUCAUCGUAAUAUUAUAAUCCUUCGUUCAGACAGCAGCUACUCGUCGUCUGCUAAUAUGUUAUAUGACUGUCCGGCACGUACUUAUAUCAUUGUAUAAGAAUUUCGUCGCACUUGGUUUGCGCAAGGACCUUUCCCCCCCGAGGGUUCCGUUUAAUAUUCUGUUUCAUUUCAAUAAAAAAUGAACGUGCCAUCGUAAACGUACGUUUAUUCUUGUCGCGGGUUCUAUAAUAAAUGUCUUGAUAUUUUAAAAAAACGUAUUACCCAUUCGGUCAUCUUGCCACUAUCACUUUCGGUGAUCAUAACUAUACGACCACUCUACGUUUAUAUUGCGUUAUGAGCUACGGUUUUUCCGUGUGAACAAAUUUAUAUUAAAUAUACAGCAAUAAUAUUAUUUAUCUCCAAAAACAUGAUAACAUAUUGCACGCAAGAUACAAAUUUAAAAAUUUAAAGAAUUACGGUUGAAUUAUACACAGACGAGUUUGCUACUCGAAUUGGUCGUCUAGUGCUCGCGUAUAGAGAGGACGUUAUGCCCGCAUCUACUAUCUCAGUCCAAUUACCGGGUAACAUGCAAAAACAAUGCUUACGCGGAACGAGUAAAACUAGCUUAAUUUUGAUUUUAGAGUAAAAGUACCUAUUAUAAAAUGUAUAGAAAACAAUAUUUUGGAGGGAAUGUCAAAGAUUUUUUUUUGAAUUAUGAAAUAUUGAAAAAGUUAUUUAAAAAAGAAAAAAAAAAGGUUUUUUAUCUUUUAUAUCGAGCUCUAUAUUUUGAACAAUACAAAAACCCUAUAUCAUUUCCUCCAGAAUAUUGUCUUUUAUACAUUUCUUAUGGACACUUUUGCUCUAAAAUUAAAAUUGAGCUAGUUUUACUUAUUCUGUGUAAUCAUUGUUUUUGCAUAUUACCCGGUAGAGUUGUAUUGAGACGGUAUAUGCGGGUAUAACGUCCUCUUAAAUAAUAACAUUUAAUCGCUCGCGUAAGGCGUAACGUUUUUACCGUUCUAAUUAUAAUAUUAUCGAUUUAAAUUUUUAAAUUUUUGUAGAAAAAAAUAAAAGACGCUCGAUAUGGACAUGGAUAGUUUAUCCAAUUUAACAAGAAAGUUGCGCGGAUGUAUUGGCGGGUCAGAAAAUUAAAUAUUUCACUGUAUCGCCAGUAAUCGAGACCAGUUUGCAUUGCACGCAUUUCACCGUUAUUUAUCCUGUUAUACGCGUACGAGUGAGCUAAUGUUAAAAAAAAAAAAAUAGAAUAAUAUUAAAAAAAAAAAGUAGACAUUUUAUUGUUAUUAUUAUACUGUUGUAAUUAAAAAUAAUAAUACGGGGACAGCCUAAUUAUAUAAAAUAGAUACACACGUGUAAGUUAAUUAUAAAUUGGAUUAUCUUUCUCCUUCAGGCGGCAAAUGAUCUGUUGAAUCUGAUAAAGGUGACCGAAAUAAAAUAAAAAAAUUUUAAUGUAACAACUGUUUUUUUUUAUUAAUUUUUUAAAUAUAAAACAACACUGUUCUAGGUUCCCGUACUUUUGUAAGAAUCUCUGCGUAGUUUUUACACUCGCUUGUGAUCAUCUGUCCAAAAGCAACGGGGACAAUACACGCACUGGGGGUGAUUAGAAGUGGCCGGCCUCCUUAUAACUGGAGACCUAUGUGUGUGUGCGUGUGUAAAUGUGUUAUCUUAAUCUGGUUAAUACUAACAACUUAAUCUAAUACUUAAUGGCUAUAAACUAUUAUAAUUAUUUUACAACAUUGAUUAAACAUUUUAUUUAAACUAUAUAUGAUAGCUUAAAUAGCAUAUCCUUACGAUGAGUAGAUAUCGCAUUAAAAUAUACGUUUUUUGAUAAAAAAAUAUGGAAUUGAAUGUAUAUGUUUAAUUUUCGUUCCUGUUAUUAAUUGUUUGAUUUAUCUCUUACAUUACAUAAUAUUUUAUUUUACAUUAUGUAUGAUAGCUUAAAUAGCAUAUCGUUACAAUACUUACGUAUAAUACUAUUUAAGCUGCCGUUGGCUUCGACCACUGACAAGAACAAUAACGCACAAAGUCAUUUUCGUGCUCGAUUUAUUAGAAUAUUUUCCAAUUCACCUAUAAAAUAAAAUAAUUUAUAAUGUCGAUAAUGCAAAAUAUCAAAUGAUACGUCACAAAUUUUCAAUAGUUCAGAAGUUUAAAGAAAUUUUAAAGUAUUCGAAUUUCUCGAUUCCCUGUAGUUUUACAUUCUGAAUGGUGCGAAGUAAGUUAUGGUUUUACUAAGAUGUUUAUUCAAUCUGUUUUUGUUCUAUGGACAACUUUUCAACCAGAAACCUUGCUCCGAUUUUUAUGCAUAACACAUUUACUGAAAGGAAAUCAGUGUGGGGUACUUCCAUUCAUCGUUUUUCGAUUUUCUCAGGAGUUCUUCCAGAAAAUGUGAAAACCGGUAAAAUCGGUACAACAUUAAACAAAUAUUAUUACAGAAAAUAUAUAAAGCCUAUUUAAUUAUUUUACUAUAAUAUGACAUAAUUGUUGUUGAUAAAGCAUCACUAUCAACUGAACUCCGUUCAGAGUCAUUUUUUUAUAAGUAAUGGUUUAUCCUUGCUUACAGGUAUACAUUAAAUUAUCUAUACCAGUGGCUACACCUGUCUCCAUUAUCCUAGAACGUUUUUUUUUUUUUUUUUAAUUUAAUUUUUUACUUGUACGUAAACUUGAUACUGCGUUAAACUUACCGUAACGUAAUUGUUAAAUUCCAUUAAAACUCUAUAUUUGCCUUUAAAAUUAAUUUUCGAGUGGAAACAAGAAUGACCUUGUUAAUAUUAGUAAUUGUUAUUGUAAUGCUAUAUCUUAGCACGGACGUACAAGUCUUUUAUGGAUUUGUAAUUUUUUAAAAUUGCAUUUAUUAAUUUCGUCAAAUAUAGCAUGUCCGGACCGUUGCAUCUGUCCGCUUAAAACGAACACCAAUGUUAAUACAGUAAUUCAAAAUAUUUUUUCUUGUUCGGACUUAUCACUUGUGUGCAUUGAAAAAUACGACCAGCUCGUGAAAUGCCAAAUAUCCUUAUGUAAAAUAAACACAAAAAGUUGAUAGAGUCGUAUAGUAGGCCUAGUUUUCUUGAUUCGUCAUAUAAAAUCAAUUUUGGAAAACGCUGUAAGUGGUUUUAAGCUAUAUUUAUAUUUGUGGAUAUUAUAUUCAUACGGGAGUCGUAUUUAGACUUAUGCCGAGGAGGAUUAGAUAUUGAAUUUGGAAACAUUGUGUUGAAUUCAUUUUGUUUAUAACUCGUGUAUUAAAAAUAUAUAUUUUAAUUGUAACCAUUUAUACAUUUUCGUUAACAGUGUCUAAUUUUACUAAUCCUACAGAAUAUAAUAUAAAUGCAAAAGUUUGUUUGGAUAAGUGGAUGUAUGGAUGGAUGGAUGUUACUACAACUAGUCUAAGCUUCUAGUUCUAGACUAGAAAUAACAUACAGGCUACUUCCCGGCCUCGUAUUCAAUCCAUAACGAGGUGGUGGCUAACGGAGCAUUAUUUGUAUUUUGGGAACAAAAAUUUGAUUAUUUUAUUAACUUUAUAUUGAUAACCUUGGAGAUAUGGAUGAAAUAAAUAAAAAAAAGCAUAAUUUAUAUUAGUGAGAGCAAGGUUAUUGUUGUAGGUAAUUAGUUGGUAACCUAGAAUAUGUGGUUAUAUCUAUACCUGUAACCAACGAUAAACCAUUGCUAACGAAAAAUGACUCGAAGCAAAGCUCGGUUAUUCUUAUUUUGAAAAACCAUGAUUAAUUAAAUGACUAAUUAAGAAAAAAAAUAAAAUAAGGAAAACAAAAAAUUAACAUCUUAGUAAAACCAAUAGCUCCCUCGUUACGCUCGGAAUCUAAAAUAGGCAGUCGUAUAAUAAUCAUAUGCAGGUAUAAAUUAUAAAAAUAAAAGUCUCUUUAAUAUUCCACGGGAACACUCGAUUUUCUCAUUAUUCAUCGUUACGAACCGUGUCGAGAAACCUUGAACUAUAAGUAUUAAAGGUACUAUUAAAAUGUCGUUUAAAUCAAUAAACUUUAUAAUGGACGUCGGUAAAUCAUGACCGUGUUACUGUUUUAGGCGCUCGAAAUUGUUUGUGUAUUAUGACGAGUGCGAAUUUUCGCGUAAUAUUAACACUAGAUGGUCUGUAUAAUAAUGUGUAUUACGCAAUUCGAUAGCUUCACGGUAAAUCGAUUAAUAAUAUAAGCGUGUAAAUCGAUAGGCAUUCAACAACAAUCAUUUUUUUUUUUUUUUUUAUCAAUUCGUGAAAUGUUCCUUUACUCCUCUCUAUCCACGGCAACUCGCUUCACUCGCUUCAGUUCCGUUUUCUAAAUCUAACAUCCGUUUCGUAUAUACCUACAAAACCAUCAUAGGCAAAAAUUAUCCAUAAUUUUAGUGGACAGGGAGGGGGGCGAUAUUUUACAACUUUUUAUUAUAUUUAUGGAAACGGCUCUCAGCUCUUGCAAAAAUCACCUUACCAUAAACACCGUGAAAAACCCAAGUGCGAUUUAUUUUAGAUAUCUUAUACCGGCUAUGCCACAGGUUAAACAUAAUAUAAGAGUAUGUAUAAGAGUAUCAUUUUCGAACUAAAAAACUCGAUUAAUCACCAACAUCAAUUGAUUUAAUCUUAAUAACAAGAUUUAAACUUAAAGGAUUAAACUAAAAUUACAAGAUAAUUAUAAAGUAAAACACAAAUAUCAGAUAUUUGCUUACAAUAACGACCUUGUUAGGUUAAAAAAUAUUAAAAAUUAAAAAAUUACAUCGAAUUGUGUAAUAUAUAAUAUAUAUUCAAGAAUACCUAAUAAAAAAUUUAAAUCAUUUAUUUUAAAACAAUAUAUAUACAGGUAACAUUAUUUAUUUUGUAAAAUAUUAAUUUUGUUUUUUUGAAUCACGCUCCAAUAAUACUUAAAAAUUACUAUGUUUAUAAUAUUAUGUUACUGGCAAGGUUGACAUAGCCCAGGCGAUUUGAUCUUGCCCGGGCAAUUUGAAUCACGAAUAUAAACAAAUUAAUAAAAAGGUUUAAAUAAGUUAAUAAUUUGUUUGUGCAAUAUUUUUCAUUCAAAUUCACUAUUAGUAAUCUAUACAUAUAAAAUCCAAAUACCACUGACUGACUGAUCGCUGUAUCUCAAAAUCUACGUGACGUACGGACUUGAAAUUUGGAAUAUAGGUUCUUCUCAUAUUUUCACCGUGCAAUAAGGAGGGAUUUUCAAAAAUGUUGCGUUUUAGUGGAGUAAUUAACAGUUAUAAUUAUUCACCGCCAAUACGUAUUGUGCGGCACGGCGGCCCGCGGGUCUCCUGCAACCUAUCCUUUUUGUUCGUCGUCGUCGUCGUGUAGAUAAGAAUAAAAUUGUUCCGAGAAGUUUAUCGAUAAAAAUAAAUAUAUAGAUAUUAGGUUAUUAUGUAUAUUAUCGAUAAUUAUGAAUUUAAGACGGUAAAUGGUAAUACAUGGCGUUAUCUAAUUUGUCACGAAUUUGUUUCCGGGCAACGCCCGGUAAUUCUUCUAGUAAUUGUAUAAUAUUGAUAGAAAAAUAAAUUAGAGAAGGCGCGAGCUGCUAUUCGCAAUGUAAUUGAAACAUCCGGUGCGUCGCAGAUCUGUACACACUUUUAUUUCGUAAUCAUUAAUUGGUUCCUGCUGUAGAGUAGUUACAGUUUAUCUUCAGUUGUGCCGAUUUCAAUUUUUCAUUUCAUUUUUAUUGUUUGGAUUUUCGGAUUAUUUAAUGAUUUUUUUCUAUUUUGAUUAGUUAAUGUUUGUUUUGUUUUUUAAUUAUUUGACUAUUAUCAUCUUUUGUUUACAUCAUGCAAUAUUUCAUUAUUUGUAUUGACGUUACAAAGGACCUGUAUGGACUCUAAGGCAGCUUGCAGUUCUUCUCCGGUUUUAGAUUAUCAGUUUAGCGAAAAAUAUAUUGGUUUUACAAAGAUGUUUAAAUAAUAAAAUAGUAUUUAUAUUAAAGUAUAGUAUAUUUAAAGAUGUUUAUUUUUUUUUAUGUGAACACUUUUUCUAUCAGAAACCUUACACCGAUUAUUGAGUAAAGUACCUUUUCUGAAAGGAAAUGUUCUCUGGGUGGUACUUUAAAGAGCACUUUUUUUGAAAUUCUCAUUAAUAUUCGAGAAAAUGAGGAAAACCUGUGUCUUUAGGUUAAAAAGAUUGAAAUAUUAAAAAUAAGGUUGCCAUUGCAACCGUUUUUAUUUAUUUUUUGUUAUUAUUAAGUUUCAUUAUUUUAAUCUUUUUUAAACAAUCAUUGUUGUCAUGGAAAUGCACAUUGUUGUAAUCAUUUUACCAUAAUAUGACAUAUACAUUGUUGUCAAAGCAACACUAUCAACUGAACUCUACUCAGAAUCGUUUUUUCGUUAGUAAUGGUUUAUCGUUGCUUACAUAUAUAUAUUCUCACCUACAACAGUGUCUGCACCCACGCGCGAAGUAUGUCCGUCCUUUUAUUUAUUUUUUAAAUUAUAUUGACUGGAAAUAAUGUAGAUGCUAAACUAAUUUUACAGGAGGUACCAAACCUCGCUUUAUACGGUGAAUGUUUUGGUGAUAAGCAAGAUUUUUCAUUAGCUAUACGAAUCUUAAGUUAUUACUCCUUUUUUUCGUUUUAUUGUCUUGAUGAAGCCGUGUUUCAAGCAUGUUUUGGAUAUCUCAGUUUGUUCUUUCGACUGAACAUUGACUUUGAGAGUGCCUAGGCUUACCGUGAACUAUUUUUAAAUUCUACCACAUAGUAUUCAAUGCAGAGAUUAUUUGUUUACGAAUUCACGUCCGUUUUAUUUUGAAUAAUAGUGGGUGCCCCAUAAAGGGUAAAUACAUCCAAUAAAACAGUAACUUUUUCGGAACUUUUAGUGGUUUAAGUAUGACACAUUUUGUCAAAUGAUCUUGGUAGACACAAUAUAUAUGUACAUUUGCAAGCACCGUUUGGUUGUGCUUGCAUAUCAACUAGAUCGAUUUAUCAUCUAGAAUUCAUUUCCGAAGAAAUUGAUUUAACCGCCAAUCAUUUUUUUACCGUACCUACUUCCUUUUCUCUGACACGACUAACAAAAAUUUAAAUAUAUUAUUAUUGUUUCUCAAUUGAUAUUUUUAAAUUUUUAUUUAUUUCAUAUUCCUUGCGAUUUCUUCCGCGUCAAACACAUACAAUUUAUAUUUCAUGUAAACUAUCAAAUAACUUCAAUGUAGGUAUAUUAUAAUUUUACACAAUUAUCUUAUGCAACUAUUGGCAUUGUUAAUUUUUUGACUUUAGAUUUUGUAAAAACAAUUUUUUAAACAUUUGUAUUUUUUAUUCAGCUUUAAAUUUUUUUUAAACAAAGAUACAAUAGAAUAAUUACAACGUUCUUUUAGUUUUUUAAGUUUCUAGUAAUUAUAACAAUAGAAAAGAAAGCUUAAAAAUAUUAAACAGAACAACAGUUUUUUAAGGUGUCAAAUCUUCGUGUUACAGGCGUAUAUAAUGCAAUAUUAUGAUGCAUUUUCGCAUAGUUUUUUCUGAUCGCUACCGUAAAUAAUAAUAUUACCAGUGGUGUUUUAACUUAACCAGCGGGUAUAUACAGAUAUACCACAUAACAUACCUAUAGCUCUGAGUACUAUCAAUAUUUCGUUGAAAACGCUUUCAAGUUUUCAAAGUAUAAUUUACUGGUAUGUAUUGAAAAAUAUGCAAAAUUGACUUAAUUUUCUCUGUAGAGAUCAAAGGUAUAAAUCCGAGUUCUAAAUUAAUGUAUAUAAUAUGUAUUAUAAUAUAAUGCACUAUUACGCAUAUAAUACGUAAUUUGAAUAUCGACUUUUAAACGCAAACGAAUUGAUUUAUCAACUUACCUCCAGGUUGCCGGGUUAUUAUAUUAGACAGUUGGCAUUUUAAUUAUAUAUUUUUUAUAUCAUUAGAAACGGCGUAACAUUGUAACAAAGAGAACUGUAAUUUAUUAUAUCUUUAUAGCGUAAACACCGUUUCAUACAUUAAUAGUCAUUUUUUAAAUUCUUACGAUAGGCAUAACUACAGUAAACAAACCUGUAAAUUAUUUGAUAAAUCGAGUAAAGAUAACAAAUAAUAUUACGAUGACUUUCUGUUUAAGUAUGAUUUUUUAUUGCAUAUGACAAUAGAAAACAAAAAGAGCUGAUACUGGGGAAGGGCGUGGCCAUUAUUGUAGGUAGGUAGUUGAGAAGGUGGGUUUCAUAAGGUUAUUUGAUUUUUACGUGUAACCAACGAUAAACCAUUGCUAACGAAAAACGAUUCAGAGCGAAGUUUGGUUACACAUGUUUUAAAAGACCGUAAAUAUUUACGAUUUUGAUCAACAUUUUAUAUUGAAACAUUUAUACAGGGUGUCCAACAAAGAUAUUGAUUAAUGGUAUUUAUUAAUUGAUAUUACAAUCCUACAAAGAUUUCCGGAAAUAAUGAAGAUAAUUAAAUUUUGCUUUUUUGUUUUUACAUUAUUCACAGGGAUAAAGACUACAAAUAUUUAUACUGUAAUUCAUUUUUUAUGUUUUGAUAAAAAAAACUUAAAUAAAUAACUUUUAAUUUUAUUGUUUUUGGAAAACUUGAAGAUAGCUGUUUUAUAGAGCUUUUUUUUAUGAACAGUUUGACGUAUCAACUUUUUAUUUUUAUUAAAUUCGUGAUUUUUAAUAACUGUUUAAAGUUCAGAAAAAAAAAAUGUAUAGCUAAUUAGUUGUAAUAAUAAUAAUCAAUUAACGAAUGUGAUUAAAGCCUGUCACAUAAUAAAUUAUAGGUACUUUUCUUUAAAAAAAACAUAAAAUGAAAAAUAUAAAACAAAAAAAAACACAGCAUAGUAAAACUAAAAUAUCCCCCGAAAUACUCUCUGAAUCUAAAAACAAUAAAGCAUACACUUUUAAAGAGAAUGCACGAUCGCGUUAACCAUUUCGCUGCACGCAAAAACGAAAUGUUCUUUAAUUAUUAUGUCAGUGUUGUGUUUUACUUUGCCAUUUGGAUAGUGUUCAAUAAUCUAAACAACAUACUGUUAUCCAAGUUUUGACGUAAUACGCAGUAAGUUUUUAUAAUUCAUCAAAUUCUCAGAUACUUAUAUACAGUUACUAGAAUUAUAGUACACAUGUUAUUAUUAAUUUAAUUUAUAUGUAUGUAGAUCUGAACGGUAAUUUUACAAGGACAAAUAUAACGGUUAAAAACAGUAGUAAUAAUUAUAAUUAUACACACGUGUAUAAUAUUCUUAAGAAUAUUAUAAUAAGUACCAAGAAUACAUAUAAAAAAAAACAACACACUUCAUAGUAAAACCUGCAAUCUCUCUCGCUCGCUCUGCUUUAAAUCUAAAAUUAAAGAGCUGAUACGUAAAGUUAUUUAAUUUAUAUCUGUAAGUAACUAUAAACAAUUGUUAACGAGAUACUAUUCUGAGCGAAGUUCGUUUAUACAUGAUCUGUAAGGCCGUAAUAUUUACGAUUUUUGUCCAAAUUUGAUAUCAAAACGAUUAUAAAAAAAAAAAUUACUACAUUAUGCUCAACUUUUUUUAUUAUCACCAAAGAAAUCUUUUUAAUGAAUCUCGUGUAUUUUUGUUUUCAUAUCCGCAUAGUAACUACCAAAUAUAAACUACGUAAGAAACUCGCAAAUAUAGAAUGCUUAGAAAUAGCUCAAAAAUUGUCGAAAUGUUUUGAAAAUUUUACCACGUCUAGAAAAGACAAAUUCUGUCAAAAUCUGAAGUCCACGAAUAGUUUUAAUCAAAUUACAAAAAAGAAAAAAACACAAAUAAAAACAUUUCGAUAUUUUUAUAUUGUCAUCAUAUAAUAAAGCCUUUUGAGUCGUACGUUGUAUCAAGCAUUUAUUUUGCUUUAAGGAUUAGAAGAUUAAACAAAAAUUGGUUUUGACUGCGAGCUGGUUCACAGUUGACAGUUAACAUGACCCAAAAAAAGGUAUUGGGUACCAGGAUUUUAUGUGGAACGACUUCGACGCACCGCCGUACCGUUCGGUGUGUUGCAGCUCCGCGGCAUAUGGGGGCGGCAGCGGCGGUGGCUGUUUCUGUAUUGGAUUGUCCAUCAUGGUGGUCGGGUGAGUAGUGGAGGUGUAGAGCCAAAAUCAAAAAUAACGAAACCUUUAAUACCAUAAACUUUCCCUUAUUUCUUAAGUUCUUUUUCGGUUUUUUUCAACUAUUAAGAAAAUCGGUUGGAAAAUCAAAACACGACUUUCUUACUAACCAACUACAUCUAAAGUUUAACAAAAAAAGUUCAACAAAUAGUAAAACACUAACGUUGCUGUCCGUAUGAAGAAAUGAAAGGAACGGUGAAUAAAAUGAAAGAGUGAAGUGCUACAAACCAAUCUCACCAGAAUUGAAUACAGAAACAACUAUAAAACUAUACAGUAUACGUAUUGUACCUGUUAAAAAUAUAUGAUUCUUAUUAGACGCUUACAACCUUGAAUAUUAAUUAUCAACAUAGUAUUAUAUAAGAAAAACAAUAGACUGUUACUAUAUUAUAGUAUUAUAUAGUUGACUUAAAAAUUGAACAGAUUACCUGCUAUAGUAUGUCUCUUAGACGGUAUUUUUUUUUUAUUGAAUACGAGAUAAGAUAUCGGCUAUUUACGUAUAGAUAAUAUGCACUUUAUAAUAUAUGCAGUACUAUUGAAUUACAAGUUACAUAAUUGUGCGUGUACCUCGGUAUAUGGUAAUGUAAUAAUAUUUAUGUAAAAAAAAAAAUCUAUGUAAACGGAUUUAAUAUGUUCUUGGCAUAUUUUAGAUUUUGAGUAGAGCGAAGAAACUUAUAGUUUUACAAAGAUGUUUUUAUUUUGUUUUGUUUUUUUAUUUGUGCGCAACUUUUCUAGCGGAAGACUUGUUCGGAUUUCUAAGUAUAUGACCUUUUAUGAAAGAAAAUCGGCGUGGGGAGGUACUUUAGAGAAGUCAUUUUUCGAUUUUCCCAAGAGUUUUCCCAGAAAAUGUGAAAAACCGGCAUAAAACAAGAGAAAAAUUUAGGAAAACCGGUAAAAUCUGUACAACAUUAAACAAAUAUAAUUAAAGAAAAUAUAUAGAGCCUAUUUUAUAUUUUAUUACAAUAUGGCAUAUAUAUUAUUGACAAAGCAUCACUAUCACCUGAACUCCGCUCAAAAUCGUUUUUUUUGUAAGAAAUGGUUUAUUGUAGCUUACAGGUAUACAUUAAAUUACCUAUAACAGUCACUCAUCCCCAUUAUCUUAGUACGUCUUUUUUAAAUUAAGUAUUUUAUUAUGCGAUAAACCUACAAGUUUUAAAUUAUGUUUCCAAUACAAAUAUUAAACUGCAGGUAUUAUAGGAUUCUUAAUCCCAUUGAGACUUAGGAAAUAAGUUUUAAAUAUACAAAAUAAAAUAUUGUAUAUUGUCGACUAACUUGUAAGUUUAUUUUAACAAAUUGUACAAAACUGUUACAGGGAAAAUCAAAAACGAGCUUCUCAACGCAUUUACUAGAUCAAAAAUAGUACAAGAAUGUUCCUAUAAUGUUUUUUUGGGGUAAGUUCUUGGGUAGAAAAAUUGUUUAAUGAAAAAAAAAAGACUUAGGAAUUUUUUCUGGGUAGCCCACGGUAUUUUGAAAAAAAAAAUGCUUAACUUACUUUGCUAUUUUUAUUUGUGUCUUAUAUAAUAAUUAGGAAAUACUACAGAAAUCGAGCCCUGAUAAUCUGUAUCUUAUAGCUUAUACUACGCCUAAUACUAUUAGUAAUAAAAACAUAUAAAUAAUAAUAAAUGCAACGCAAUAGUAUUAAUAUCAAGAACAGGUGACCGGAUUUUAUGACAUUAAAUAUUGUAGAAUAAAAAAAAAAACACUCGUGAUCAACAGAGAGCUCCGUCACUAGAAUCGAAUUAUCUCCAAUCUAUUUCGUACCUAUCAUAAAACUUUACGUAACAAUAAAUAACCGUAAACUAUAAUUAUACGUUACUUCACUAUACUUUACUAUAUGCUACUUCCAAAAAAAAAAGAAAGAUGAAAUUUGAUCAUACAAAUGGUAUUGGUAGGUUUUCAAACUUAAAACCCCCAAAAGACAUAUCAUUGAUACACACGAAAUGUUACUUUCUAUAUUAAUUUGAGGGAGGGGACAACUGUAAGGGUGUAUAAAGCUAGAAAAAACAAUCUCAUCUCAAAAUAUUAUGGUUAAAUUCCUAUUAAAAUACUCUAUUUGAGUUCAUUUGGCUCGGAGGAAGCUGUUAGAAAUAUCCACAAGCAUUGAGAAAAAAGUAUUUAUAGAACAAACGACCGUCAGACACAAUACAGUGCAAUAGUUUCGGGAAAAUUCGACAAAAAUAUAUACUCCUUCAAUAUUUCAAUAUAAUGUAUACUUAACAUUUAAAAAAUAUACAAUUUUAGUUCAUCGUUGCUCGUGCUCUGUUACAAUAAAAAUGCAAUAAAUUCUGAGCAAAAUACUUGUGAAAAUUGUAUGCUGUUGCCUAGAAAUACGUGAUUUACCCUAAAUUUUACUCGAAUGCGUAAAAAAAAAGCUGUUCUAGGAUAUUGGAAACAACCACUGUUGUAGGUGGGAGGUUGAAAAGACAAGAUAUAGACGGGAAUCUAAUGUAUAUCUGUGAGCAACGAUUAACCAUUGCUAACGAAAAAGCAAUUCUGCAUUGAGUUCGGUUGAUAGUGUUGCUUUGUCAACAAUAUGUCAUAUUUUAGUUGAAUUUUUGUAAUUAAUAAUACAGUAGAACCUCGAUUAACUGUCAGUCUCGGGAUCAGAGCUUUGACGAAUAAUCGAAAAGACGGUUAAGCGAGCAACAAAAAUGUAUACAUAUUAUUUAUUUUUUUUUUUUAGUAAUUAUGACAUACAUAUUGAUAUAAUUAGGUACUAUUACUUAUUGGUAUAUUAUUAUUAUUAUUUUUUUAAUUUAUUAACAAGUUUUAUUAUUUACAAUUACAUACAUACUUAACAAUUAAUAUUAUAAAAAUCGGUUAAUUUUUGUUGUUUUAAUAUAUUUCCCCACGACAAGUAGAGGUAAUCGGUGUAAACUAGAAGCAUUCGAGCACACCAUAAUUGUUAUACGAUCCUUCUGCAUUUUAAAACCUGGAGCUGCUUUUUCAGACAUCGUCGCCAAUGUUUUUUCGGGUAGAGCUUUCCAGUUUAGCCCAGUUUCGUCGCAAUUGUGACACAUUUCGGGCUUUUAUCAUGAUUAAAAAUUGUUUUUUAUACUCUAUAACGUUACUAUUAGAACUUAAUUUUCACCAGAAAUAUCCAAUUGGCGAUUUCCGUGAUGAUUUUAGAAAUCUGUGAAGUCACCCUGUGCUUGCAUUAAAGGAAUGCUCACCAUUCAAUUUUUUAUGAAAUUCCAUUGCCUACACUUGAAUUAUAGGUCCUGAAAGGGGCACUUCAUGAGAACGUGUUUGUAUGAACCACUGAUGACGGAGUCUAGUUGUUCAAGUGAUGAAUUUUACAUAGUUGGUGCAUAUUGCAGUUUGGAGAUAUGGCUUUUGAUUUUAUCGGCAUUUUUCUGAAUAUCAUUUACAGUUGUUCGGCCAACAUCGUAAAUUGGUGCUAUGCUUACUGCACUUUCUCCCCUUCGUAAACGCUUAAUAAUAUCCAAUUUUUGAGAUAAAUCAAGUACAACACGCUUUCGUUUUUCACUCAUUGUUUUCAAACUUAAAAUAUUUGCACACACAAAGAGACUAAAAACGCGAACGGUCAAGCGAACGAGCACACGUGAAAUAUAUAACUGACUGACUUUUCAAAAACAAAAUGCGAUCACUAUCGCAAUUAUCUGUUUUUAUCUCACCCAUUAAAUAUAUAUGUAUGCACAUACAAAUAUACCUAUCGCUUAUCUAAUAGAUAUUGCCGGAAAGUUUCGGAUUAUAUAUAUGUAUUAUUAUUUAUAACCUACUCAUACACAAGUGACCUGACGGUUAACCGAGAAAGACGAUUAAUCGGGGGAUUAUCGGGGGAUAAUCGAGGUUCUACUGUAUUUGUUUAAUAUUGUAGGUAUCUACCUAUUUUCCCGCGUUUUUUUCUGUUUUUUUUUUACAUAUAUUGGGAAAAUUCAAAAAAUGAUCUCCUUAAAGUACCUCCUCAGUCAGUUUUCUCUUUAGAAAAAAUUCUAUCAUAGAAAAUCGGAGCAAAAUUGCUGAUAGAAAAGUUGUCUACAGAAAAAAAAAUAAACAUCAUUGUGAAACCAAUGUAUUCCUUUCUCCAUUCAAAAUUUAAAACAUCAAAUGAUUAACAAAACGCUAUUGAACAAAUCCUCUACAGCCACCACGCAGGCGUAUAGUACACUGUAGUCACUAUAUAAUUAUAUAUAUAAUAGACUGAUUUAAUGUUAACCAAAAUGUCCAUAAUAUAAAGGAAAACAUACUAUAAUACGAUUUACACAUGGUUUAUUCAUAUUUUACGGAUUUCACCAAUUUUUAUUGUGACGAAAAUUUAAAACUUGUAGGUCGAGGCUAUUAAAUUAACGUACGUAUAUUUAUAUUGGCAAUUAAGUAUACACAGUAAUACAUUAUUAAUACAGAAUUAUUGUGAUCUGUAUAUCCGAAUGGUUUUUUUUUUAUCGCGUUCUAUAUUUUGCAAAAUAAACGAAAUCGAAUUUUAUAGUAGUAAAUUUGGUUUUGUUCAAUCGUUGGAUAUACUACCACUUUUGGUUAUAUUUUUUAGAGGACGUAACAUCCUCAUGUGCUAGCUCCAGUGGCACACUUAGGGGAGAGUUUUAAGAGUGUUAAUAACAAUUGUAUCCAUAGAUUACUUUCUUAUAAAAAAUUACGUAAAAAACUCGCAAAAUUAAAACGUCUAUAAAUAGUUUGAAAAUGGCUAAAAUGUUUUGAAAAUGUUAGCAUUUUUAGAAAAGACAAAUUUUAUGUCCAAUUUAUAAGUUUCUACGAAUAUUUGUUACUGAAUAAUAACAAAAAAACAAAAUUUGAAAAUAAUACAUUUUGUAAAUUUUUUUGUUUUUCCCGGGUCUUUACCAAUUAUUUCUAUAUUCCAAAAUCAAUGGUUGCACCUAUGUAUAAUUAUAAAAAUAUAAACAUUCCUGGAAAUCCCUGACACACUUAUUUCCCGUAUUGUAUUCGGAAUUAUUAAAUUGUCUUUGACCUUUGUUGAAGAAACUAAUAUAUUAUAUUGAAAAUAUUGAACGAAAAUACAUUUUGUAUAAUAAUAAAAUACAAUUGCAUUCCAUACUAUUGUAUACUACUCUGUUAUAAGCUAAGUGAGCUGAUAAAAGUGUUUCAUUCAUGGUUGACUAGCACCUUAAAAGACCGUACCGAAAAAAUCGGUUAAAGGUUGAAACUUUUCAAAAAUCACAAACCGGAACCAUUAAUAUUUUUUUUUUAAAAGCCGAAACCGAAAUUCUGUAUUUUUAAGAACCGAAACCCUUAAAAUCGUAGAGGUUUUAGUCCCUGAUUAUACGCAAGUGUAGCUCAUCUAAAACAAAAUAUGUAAAAUGUACAUUGACCUAACUAAACUUAACCGAUUAAAAAAAAAAAAAAAAAAAAAAAAAAAAAACGGUUUUUGGGUUACUAAGUAAAUUACUAAAUAUAAUAUGUGAAGUGCUCGACGUAAACGUAAUAAAAAUUACAUAGAAGUGUCUGAAUUUGCAAUACAAAUUAUGAAAAUACGUAUUACGUAUAGGAUUCGUAAAAAAACCUUCUCAGAGGCGAUGGUUUAGCCCCAUAAUUGUACAACUGGAAAUUCGUAUACACAUACCUAUACAAUACAUGUAUUUUCUAUUUAUUUUUCAGGGGAAAAGAAUAUUUUCAUUCCAAUUUCUAUGCAGUUUUCGUGGCGAAUUUAAUCGGGUUGAUAUUGGUAUUGACAAUACCGACAAUAUUGGAUGUAUUAAUACUCACGAAUAAAUCCUCCGAACCGUACACGGCUUUUAGGAGAUAUCUCGAUACAAUUAGACAUAUGCUGAGGUGGUAUAAAUAUGAUCUGAAAAAAGUCGAUUCAAAGUAAGUAAACAUGCAUUUUAAUGUUCUAAUUAUAUUAUUGUAAUAGCAUUUAUAUAGGGUGACAUACCGUAUAAUAUAGAAGAUUCUAAAAUUCAAAUAAUCCAUUUACAUAUAUAUACACAUCAUGUAUAUACACGGUGAUUAAUUUUAACGUAAAACACUCACUGUUUCGCAAAGUAUUGACUUUUUCGAAAAAAUUUGUUUGGAAAAUGUAACAAACAAAAAUGAGUGUUUUACGCCAAAUGAAUCACAUUGUCUAUACAGGGUGAUUAAACAUUUAUUUUACAGCUAUUUUAUCAUGUAAAUAUUCAAAAUAGAGAAAAAUGUACAAUACAACCAUUUUUCGAUACAUAAACAUUUAAAAUAAUUUUAUUUUAUUUUUUUUUUUUUUGGGGGGGGAGGUGUUAGAGAUCAACUUUUGAAAUUCAAACGAGAACCUAAACAAUUCCAUAAAUAGACGGAGUAUUGGUUUCAGUAAUAAAUUUCGGUUAGCUUUCAAGUUUGGGUCGGGCAAUACAGUGUAGUAUAAAAAGUACAUUAUUUUAGAAAGUAUUAACUUUUUUUUGGCGGGUAGUUUUAAAUACAAGUGGCUCUAAAGUGCUACGAUAAAAUAAAUAUUAAUCAAAUGAAUGCCCUUAUUUUUAUAAGCAAAACCACUACUUAGUUUUGAUUUUCAAACGGCAAUCUAUAUUACAAAUUCAAUUAAUAGAAAACUUUUUAGUGUAAAUUAAUAUUGAUGGAGACAUUUCUAGUUUUAAUUAACCUGUUGACGCUUAAACGUUUUUUUGGGAUAAUUCUGUUGUGUGCCAUUUUGUGGUAAUGUAGCGCGCGGCGUUUGAGUAGUGUUCCACUGUUCUUCCUCUAUAUACCUACAAAACGACAAUUUUAAAAGUCUACAACAUCUCGUCAACAGCUUGACGGAAAUGACAAAUUUCAACACCAAAAUAUAUUUAAACUAAAACCUCAUCCGAUUUAUGAAAUUUUCAAUGUAGGUUGCUAUUCGAAAAUCAAGUAGUGAUUUCACCCCCGAAAAUAAUAUGGUUGAAACAAAAUAACGGUGAUUUAACAUUAUUAUUUUAGAGUUGCUUGUUUCUUAAAUAUUUUAAAAAACAAAUUCCGAAAAAAGUUAUUAAUUUCCGAGAUAUUGAGUGUCGAGUAUUGAUCACUCUGUAUAAAUUAUAUACAUUUAUAUUAUGUUUAUUAUAUGUAAUUUAUACCGAUAAAUUAUCGCUUGUCUUUUAAAAAAAAAACUUAUUAUUCAAAUACUUUGUACACAAAAAUUAUUGUGCAUUUAAUAUACAAUAUAUAUUCUGUGAUACUGCCCAACUCUGACUGUUGUAUAAUAUCGACUAUCCAGUUCAAGAAUACAACAAUUCGAAAAUAAUCAAAAACGGGUUAACUACACCAUUUUUUUCACUUUUUAAAAACAAUUUCAGUUCCGAAACGCAAUAAAAAUCAGUCAAAUUACUGAGGGCUGUUAAAGAGCCGUUAAAUCGUUUUCUAAUAACAAAUUUGGAUAAACAUAUAUCCAGUUCUAAAGUGGAUCAAUUAGACGUAUUGAAAUUAGUUCAUGGAUUUAUUUGUAGGUAGUAUUAGUGAGGCCAGGUUAGGUUAGGUUAUACUAAGAAUUUUGUCCAUACUUAAUUUGUUUUAUGUUUUAUAUUUGACUAAAUAUUCGUUACAUUUUUAAAUCACUCCCCCGAAAAAAAUCAUAUUUUGAGUUGUCGUAUUCUUAAACUGGAUCAUCAAUAGGAAUACGAAGUUUUAUAUUAUAUGGGAUCACAAAGUGACGGGUCACAUGUACAUGUAAAAAUGCCAUAUCAAACAAAUCACUUACAAAUAAAAAAAAAAUGUAUGAAUCGUUAAAAAUACCUAACCUCCAUUUUUAAAAAUUUCAACACAAUGUAUGGACCAGUGGUAGAUUUUCAACAUUUUUCUGAAAGGGGUCACGAAAAAGCAAAUUUAUUUUAAAAAUAUUUAUUAAUAGAUGUCUCUAUUUUUAGACGACAUUUUGUUGAAAUUAUAUUAGUGUCUGGGGGGUCCAGACCUCUUGGACCUCCCCUUCCCCCUCAUAAAUCUGUCAGUUGUACGGACGAAAAGUGAUACAUCUGUUUUAAUUAACAUAUAUAAUAUAUAGAUGUAUACAUUGUAAUAAUUCUAAAAAUAAAAAAUACAAUUAUAUAUAUAUUUGGGGGGAGAUAAGUUCCUCCGCUUGUUGCACAUGCGAUAGUUAUACCCAGAUAAUGUGAUAACGAUUCGAUGUUUACUAUUAUAUAGAUGUCAAAAGUCGGUGACCAUUGUACACGGUCUCCAUUGUGCUGCAAGUCGAAUAUCCGACAAAUCUGGCCUUGGUCUUCGAGUAACCCAAAAAGACAUGGUGUUAACACAGUUCGGAUUCAUGGGUUUAAUUUUGUUAAAAAAAAAAGAAUUAGCUAUCGAAGGCACCGACGAAGACGAGAUGGCCAUCGUGCAUUUUUGGCGGACUAUUGGUUAUUUCAUUGGAAUUCAAGAUAAGUGAGUAAUGUACAUUGAUUAAUAUUAAUCAACACAUUUUUGAUUAGGAAAAUGCUCAAAUUUUUUACUGAUAAUUACAACACGAAGUGUUACACGAAUGCACUGUUUCCCGGAUUUGGUAAAUGCUUACGUGUGGUGUUUAGUUGUUUUUCGAUUACUUGUUAUCACACAAGGGCGCCCGCAAAAAUAUAAACUGGGAGGUGGGCAAAGUCAAAAGUAUAAGAAUUUUUUUACAACUUACAAGUAAUCAUGGCUUAAAUAUUUAAACCAUACAAGUAAUAAAACAAUUAAUAUUUAAUAAUAAAUAAAAUAGCGAGGGGGGGGGCAUGACCCCCACCGGUAUCCCCCUGCGGGCGCCCUUGUUAUCACAUUUAAUAUGCAUCAUGUUUUAUCGGUGUGUAUAGUGUACACACUUUUUGGCGAACAUUUUCCUAUUUCCAUUUUGACGAAUAACUACUGGGUACCUAACCAGGUGUUUGGCAAUUUAAUAGUUAGGUAUCUUGCGAAUAUUCGAAUCAAUGUAUUCUAAACCCAGUAAAAUCCACAAAAUGUCAUCUUGUGUAAAGACCGUGCCGUUGAGCAAUUAAUUUUAAUAUGAUGUAAAUUCGACCAACGGCUCGUAGUAGAUCCAAGAUAGAAUGAACGAAUGAUUUCGGAACCGUUGAUAAAACAAUAUUUUAUUUGUACGCGAGGUUUUUUUCUUUGGUAAUAAAAAAUCGCUCUUUUGCGAGAACUUUAAAGUCUCUCGGGUUUCUUUUCCAGCGUAUUGCAUAAAUUAAACGUUAUAAAUAUAAUUAUGGUCUACGAUAGUUUAUUUGUCAACGAACUAACCAGAAACGUCCAAGUUCAUAUAAUCAAUACGAAUUUAGUUCGCGUUCAAGUUUAUUCGUUGAAAACUGAACUCGUUCAUGUCCAAUUCACACAAUAUGAACGCGUUAUUUACCAUCGCUUAUAGUUUGUUCGGUUAAAAACGGUAUCACGUCGUCUGUUCGCCGAAAAUAGUUCGCACGACAGAUUUUCGCGGGGAAAUUAUCCGGAUAUCAAAAUUUGUCCGUAUAAGAAAACACAAUACGUUCGCGAGUAACUAAACAAAUUCGCGGGUUUUCGGUCUGUUUCAGGUACAACCUGUGCCAGGGCACGUUGGAGGAGGUCCGGAGCACGUGCGAUAUAAUCCUCAAGGACGUUUACGUGCCGGCCCUGAUGGACCCGCCGGCCGAGUUCCACCGCAUGGUGGUCACCCUGAUCGAGGGCAUAAAGCCCAUAUCGCCCAUGUUGGACGUGGACGCGUUCAUGACGUUCACGCGGCGGAUCUGCGGCCUGCCGGACACCGGGACACCGCUGGCCAACACGUACAGCCGGUGGAUGUACAACAUCCAGGCGUACACGCACGACGUGCUGCUCACCAGACGGUGGUUGGCGUUCGUGUUCCGGCCGCUGUUGAACUACAACAUGAUGUUCUCCGUGUGGCUAAACGUCAAGUUCCCGUUCGGCGCGGCGUGCAAAUUCGGCAUGAAAACGUUUUCCCGCGUACCCGAUCACGCACCCCAUCCGAUUCGGCCCGACGACGGUUGACGGCGGUGCCAUCGACAAUACGAAAUUUCGACGUGUGCGCCGCAGCCGCAGAUAAACGCCUACGUAGUAUAUUAUUGUAGUAUACAAUAAACUGGAUUGGCGCCGAAGCCUCUUUGUUGGCCGUAUCGGAAGCGCGUCGCCCGUAGGUCAAACGGCGCGCAAACUAUACCGCGGAUGUAUACAAUAAUAUACAAUAAUGUCGCAUACAUUAUUAUAUAAUAUAAUUACCGCGAUCCGCUUAUUAUUACAAUACGAUAUUAAAAACGCAGUUCGAAAUCGUCUCUACGGUUUUACACGAGCGGUAUACAAUGGGAUAUCGCCAAUCUAGUUUAUUGUACAUCGUAUUAGGUGUACACAUGUAUACGUAUAGGUUUAUCUGCGAACGCGGCGAAUCUCUUCGCCGGGUACAAUACAAUGUACGAAACGUCCAGACGGAAAAUCAAACACACCAUUGCGGGGCCAAAUCUAAAAUUAUUAUUAUUAUUAUUAUUAUUAUUACUAUUAUUAUUAUUAUUUUAGAUUUUAAGCACCUCGCGGAAACAGCGACGAUGUGCAACAGCAGGAGGCACAUUCGUUUUUUUUUUUUUCAUGUUGAUGUCUUUCUUAUAAUAUUAAUUAUAGUUUACAUUAUUUUGUUGAAUACAUUGCAAUGUCUGUAUACGAAAUAAAAAUAAUAUGAUAUUAUGUUAUUUUUAGCGAGUUUAUUGAAAAAAAAAAAUAUAAACUAUGAAGGGUAACAAUAAUGUACUUACCGAUCCUGAACGGAGCGUCCCCGGCAACAAUGUCGAGUUUGAAUACACGUAUAAUUAUAAUUAUUUAUGAUGUUGAUGAGGAUGGGUGGCUGGAAUGAUAAAAUAAACACUCGAUUUAGUCAAAAACGAUGAUAUCGGAAUGUUAGAGGCCGGGAUCACGCGCACUCGCGGGAGAAGGGGAGAGAGAUGACGAGUGGCCAAGGCGGGAUCCGGUGGCCGAAUGAAUCGAGGGGUCUUUUAUGAGAAACAAAGGGGAAAAUAGUGGAGUGGUGUUUGUCCGGUUCUCGUUGCCGUGCCUUGUUGUUAUAUGAGAUAUUUAAUUGUAAUACGUACUAUUUUGUAUUGAUCUGAAUUGACUUAUAAACUGAUGAAAUAAAGCGGCGUCCACUAUAAUAAAACGCAGUGUAGAUAAUAUUAAAUUACGAUAUAAUUAGUUGAUUAAAAUUAUGAUGUAUACCAUGUUGCGUAUAUCAUUACGGAUGUUUCUCGUACACUUCCGGGAAUUCGAGCGUUAAUUCAUUAUUCCGAGCCAUUUUUUUUUUUUUUAUACGGUAAUGAUACAACUGUAGAAAUAUAGGGUAUUUAUUUACUCAUGAAUAUAUAUAUAUAUUUUAAUCGACGAUUUUUUUUUUACUUACCGGUCACCGAAUAAAAGUAAAAAAGAGUAAACACUUAUAAAAAAAAAAAUAAAAAAAAUAAAGACUUGUAAAUACCAAAGGAACAAAACGUGGCGAAAUAAACGUCUCGGGACUGGACACGCGACUAAACACGUCGCACCGUGUGGCCGUGUACCAGAUGCCGGUUGCGGACUCGGUUACCAACGUUGCGUACACCUUUGACGCGGGUCGAAAACGCCAACGUCGGACACGGACAUUUGCCGAUCGCCGUACGGACCACGACUAUACGACGCGUCCGACUGUCGCGUGGCCGACGGUCGGGGGCGUUGGACGCGUCGCGUAGCGCCGGCUCAACAAGCGCGGGGCUCGAGAGACGACUUAUUUUUUACCGAAAACGAUUUUGCGCCCACCGGCCGUCGGAACACGCUCGGACCGGCCGCGUUCGCCGUG